AUGUCGCAACUACUUGGCUUCACAGACUCGAGAAUUGUUAUGGCAGAGCAGAGCAGCCACGAUGUGGUAGACCAAACCCUGUCGGGCGGCGAACCUUCGCCUUCCGACGUUCCUGCGAGCACCACCGACAAGAAAUCUGCUGGAGGGGACGUGGGGGAAUUCAAAGAUACCACUACAGCAACAACAACAACAACACAAUUGGAGACGAACACGAGCGAUCAACGCGGUGAAUCGAAAAUGGGUGUCCCUGAACAAUCAGAAAGUAACGGGAAAGCAAAGGAUGCCGAUCAGACGCCGAGCGUGAGUGGUGCCGACAUCGACGUCACUAUCUACCUACUGAACCCGACCCAGGAUACCCCGAAGUCUGGUCUUCUACCGGUCGCCGCACGGGCACUCGAAAUGAACGGAGUGACAUCUGGGUCAGAUGCCGGAGAGGACACAGCUUCUCAGGGGGGCUCGGAAUCCGACGCCAGUCGAACAGAUGGCAGACUGCGUGCCGGUUCGAAAAAGCCAGCUUCCUUCAAGCCGGUCAGCUUCGCCAAAUUUUCUGUCCCUAAGGCGCCCGGCACUCCCCCCAUAACAAAGGCUUCCGAGAAAGCUCCCCUGACUUCGACCACUCCGCUGGGCACGCCGCCACCCUCUUCACGCCCUCGCCUAGUUGUCAAGUCCACUAGCAGCCUACGUGACUCGCUAUCAAAAUUGGGGGCAGGCGGAGCGAAACCUGGCGGAAUAGGACCGGACCCGAAUCAAGUUUGGAACAAGAAUCGACGUAAGACCACACAUCCGAUGAGCCCCGAAUAUGCUUCUGACUAUUACGCCCAUGCAGCCGUUCAACAAACACCUCCUAAGCACUUGACCGACGAGGAGUUGAAGCAGCAGUAUGGAAUCCACAUGACAUCACGGAUACAGGAAGAUGGUGGGGGAAGCGAAGCGAAAUGGGCCGAUAUCGACGACGAUGAAGAUGACUGGGCUCCCGAGACGAUCGAAUGGACCGACGGCACGAAGACUAAUCUCGCCCACCCAGAGCCUGCACCACCGGCUCCGGUGCCUACUCAAGAUAAGGUGUUAGCAGAUUUCAAAAAGGACUUUCCUCCAGUGGAACAAGCGGCAAUUGUUAAGGAGCCACCGAAGUUUGUCCCAAAGCCUACGACUUCUAUCGGACCGAACCCUACGGUUCUCCGACUUGGAGCAAAUGCAGAAAGACAAGCAAAGAGUGCCAGUAUUGCUGCGAAAGGUCCCAACGACAGAUCACCUUUAUUAUCCACAAGUCCAGCCCCUCCCCCUGUCAAGUCCCCUUGGGCGCCUUUACCUCCCGUCGAGAAGGUCUCCCCUGUUAUCCCCCCAAUUCAGGUUCAACCCCCGAUGCGGGCUCCUGUUAGGGAACCUCAAUUGAAUGACGGUUCUGGUGGACCUCUCCCCCCGAAGGAAAUAGCCGCAGACGAUUUCAAUAGAUCCUGGAGGGAGAUGCAAUCCGGAACCCGUGAGCUCUAUAAUUCUCGAUCAGGUCGCUAUGAGCCUGCUCCAGAUACGAGGAAAGGGCCUUGGCGCGCCGAACAGAACUAUCGCACGCCCGCCUUGUUGCAGAGGCCCCCACACGGUGAACAAACUGGACCAGCAGAGCCCUCCCCGGCAUUUCAAACACACAGGUCAAGUGGCCAAGAUGGCAUGCACUGGACGCGGCGGCGAACAUCAUCUAAUGUUAGCGGAGGAAGUGGUAGCUUUGGACGUCGGAUGUCAAUUGGUAGACCUGAUGUUACUCAGAAAGUGUUCGAAUCUCGGAGAGGGUCUCUGGUGAACGGCAUGAUUGAGUCAUCGAUACCCACUAGAGACCUGCCACCUCCAAAGGAUGCUUCCCUACGCGAGGCCUCGCCUUCUCGGCAUGGGCCUGGUUCUUGGCCCCAAAGAGGUGCUUCACAUGUGCAAGACAGAAUGACCGGUGCACCCGCCGGGAUAACACAGCCGCCUAUUGCUCCGGCAGCUGAAGAACAAGCUGCAGCACCACAGGCACCCCAGGAACCCCAGGAAGACGCCGUCGCGAUACAAGAACGCAUCAUGAAGGAGAAGAGAUUGGAAGCUCGCCAGCGGAGGCUAGAGCAAGAAGAGCGGGAGGAAGCUGCGAAACGCGAAAGAAUUCGGCAGAAGCUUGAGUCGCUUGGUCCAGCCCCCGAAAAACCGAAGUCAAGGCGCAAGGAGUCCCUGGAUUCCGGUAAGCCCGAGGCAAAUAUCGCGCAGGCUACUGCGCAAGCUGCCCAUUCCCCCCCGAAGCCUCCAGUUCCCGAGCCGAGCGGUGAGCCUAAGCAAUACGGAAUGAUGAAGGUUCAUCAUCCAGAUAGUGUCAAAAAGCUUGUGGAAAGGGAAAGAGGCGCUACGGAUAAAGCCCCCUCGGUAGCCACUGCCCGACGCGCCCCUUCGCCAGCUCGUGAGGCUAAGCAGGAUCCUACCAUUCCCAAUGGAUCCCAGCAACCUGGGGACCACCAGGCACCGGGAUCAGAUCAAUUGCCGGAGGCUAAGAUCGAUGAGCAAAGCCCUCAGUGGAGAGGUAACCUGAACACCACCAGCACGUAUCUGCCUUGGUCCCCGAACCCAAAGUUUGUGGGACCGGCACCUCCUGCAAUCUCAAAUCCUUGGAAGCCACUCAGCAAUGACAAAACCUUAGGGAACGGCAUUUUUGAGCAAGGCCUUGGAGGAUUCCCAGGGAGGGAUAUCUCGCUUCGCAGCCACCUUGGUCUUGAUCAGCCGCCCAUAGCCCCUGCAGCACCGCCUUUCUCCGCUCCCUCUCGAUCUCCGCAAGAGAAUGCAUCUAUAUCUCCCUUGCCAUCUCCCGAAGUCAGGCAUGUGUCUUACGACUCUAUCAACCCCAUUCUGCGGCCCGGGCCGAUUGGACCUCCAAGCUCUCACCGGCAACACGAGAAUCGUGUAGCUACUGGAACAGCGGCCUGGAACAACUUCCAUGCAGUCGCCGCGAAACGCGAGGCAGAGGAGAAUGAGAAGCUUCGCAAUGAGUACAAUGCCGUGCGCGAGGGCCCUUCUUCACUCCCGGUGACUUUCAAUGAAACCUGGCGGCAGGUCCGGACGGGAGACCAGGCUGGGCAGAGACAAGUAGUUGCAAUCUCUAGGACUUCGGAGAGCACCGCGCCUCUUGCAAACCCCCUUCCUGGAUUGGACCACCCGGUUAGCUCUUUGCCUUUCGCCGAGACGCCCGCUCGUCCUCUUGGCAGCGUCCCGGCUCGGAGUUCACGAUUCUUCCCUCAAGCCUCGGAGCAUCUGAGGAAGCCGGCGACUGACGAAGGGGACUAUUUCCGGAGUCCUUCGCCACCUCCCCCGGAAGAAAUGUCGAACCACCCCGUAUACACUGGUGAUUCGAAUAGACCAUUGGUCCAUCUUCCUGCGCCGAAGCCUAUUGUGAAACUGCCCCCCAAGGUCGUUGCUCCCCCGCCGCCGCCUCCCACCUUUGCUUCUAUGGUCGCUGCUCCGCCGCGCGCCGCACCGGCGACGUCCUGGCAGGAGAAAAUCAACACGUUGUUUGGCAAAAAGACGGUACCCGAGAAGCGAAAUGCUCUGGCAGUCACGUCAGCGACCAAAGAGCCACUUGACGUCCAGCUGCAUAUUGCUUCGGUUUCUGUCUCCCUUCCUUGCAACGGCGAGCUUCAUGUCGGAGACGGUGAGGUGACUUCAAAGCAAGUCGAAGAGGCAGAGGAGAUCUUUGAGGACCGCGAAGUAGGGUCUCUGCCGGUCGUCCGGGUCCCGACUAGAGCACCUCCAGCAGCGUGGCAGGCUGCACGGGCACCUUCGCAGUCCCGACUGCGGUCCAAGCACCUGAAGUCGAUGCAGGUCCAUAGCGUCGAGCCGUUCAUCGUUGGAUUCCACGACCGGGAUCAGUCCGGAAUAUUGAGGGUCUCGAUCCGCUUCCCAGGUGCGGCCCUGGCGAAGACUAUGGCUCUUCCCCGGAAAGCAGGAGCCCAUACCCCCCGCCCCCGCGGCCCUUCGAGUUAUAAUAAACCUCGAAAGAAUACGAAGCCGCGCGAAGGGACCGGGAAUUCGAACCCCAAGAAACCUGCCUCAUCCCAGCAGACCAACGGUAGCAGCUCUCCGCGUCGCCCGUCCCGGAAUGCAUCCUGGGGGCCCCGUAACUUCAGCGGAUCCCAGUGA